ACUUCCUAUUGGAUAAGAAAUGGGAGGGUUAUUGUGGGUUGAGCUGAAUAUAAGCAAACAAAUUAUAAUUUGCUGGCUAUUUGUAUUUAGCAGUGUGUAGGAAGGGUGGUUAAUGAUGUGGUCCUUGUUUUUAGUACUUUUUUCAGUUGGAGUAGUUUGUUGUAAUCAUAGUGAAUACUUAAUACAACAAAAGAUUCUGAAGGGCAGGUUCAAGGUGACCCCUGCUCCUGACCCAAUUCCUAGUGAUUGGGUUCUUGCCACUAUUACAAGUGUUUCCCACUCCUCCUCAUUGCAUGCUAUUGUGGCUCUGUGUGGGAAGCAGGCAUUACUGGUGGUAGCCAAGCUAGACCUAUUUGGAAAUGGCCACUUAAUCCAGGCUGUAGAUUUGACCCUAGGGCCUCUAGGGUGCCCCUUCACACACGUAGACACUUGGAUGAAUAUUGUGCUCUUCUACUAUCAUCUCUCUGACUGUGGCACUAAUCUUGUAAUGGUCACUGAGCACCAUCUCCUCUACUCUACCCACCUGUACUAUAUGCUAAAGGAACCUAGGCUGGCCAUUGUGCGAACUAGUUUAGACAUUGCCCUCAUUGAAUGCCAUUACCCCAGGAAGGAUGAUGUUAACAGUCAAGCUGUCUGGCCCACUUGGCUCCCCUUUAAAUCACUCUCGAAUGGUGGAGGAUUUUUGUCGUAUUCCCUGCGACAGAUGAAUGAUAAGUGGGAUGCAGAGCGUGUAUCAAAUGUCUACUAUUUGGGAGAACUUAUCCAUAUUGAGGCCUCUGUCAUGACUAUAGGCCACGAACCAUUGCGGCUUUAUGUUGAUAACUGUGUGGCAACGUUGACUCCAGACAAGGAUUCUACUCCCAGAUACCAACUCAUUGAUUUCAGUGGAGCUCAUCAGAACACACUCCAGAUCAACCUGGGUGCAUUCAGAUUUUUGAAUGGAAGAAGUUUGGUCUUCAUCACCUGUAAUUUAAAAGUCACUGAGAUAGGUAGUGUGCCAGAUCCAGCCAACAAAGCUUGCUUCUUCCAGAAACCGGAAAAUGAGUGGAUCUCUGUAGAGGGAUCGAAUGAAAUUUGUCAGUGCUGUGACCAUGGGAACUGCAGAGGCAGCAGAGGAAAUGUUGGCUUUCAGCAGAGAACAGCUGUGUUUCAAUCUCAGGAUGACCAAUUAAGGAAAGGUGAAAUUCAGAUGGGACCCUUGGUAAUCCUGGCUUCUGAGUCUGCAGACUUUGCUCCUAGAAUGCAAACUGAAAACCAGAAUAUAUCAAAUGGACAAGGAACUCCUGAGCACAAUGGUGUGGACCUGAAGAUCGUAGUGGGAGUAGUAGGAGCUGUGGCUCUGAUGCUAUCAGGUUUGGUGGUAGGAGGGAUUAUAAUCUGUGGAUCUCUGACCAUUUUCAAUCUGUACAACAAGCUAAUCAAGCCCUCCAUUUAGCCCUGGGCUUGUAUGACCCUGAGCAAAUCAAGAUCAACAAAGAAGCAAUUUUCAACUGUGGAGGAAAUGUCAUCAAGGCAUCACUCAUCAGCUCUAUCUAGAACGUUUGACCUCUGGCUGUACAACAGUGACCAUGUCAUUUUAAAUUUAAUAUGUUAAUUAAAUUGUUCUUUUUUGGAGACUGA